AGAAAAUGGCCGCCUAAUUUUCCCGCCAAAUGUCGCCACUCCGCCCUCCUCUCCGCCUUCUGCGCAAAGCAUGCUGGGAAUCUCGAGGCCGAGCCUUUCCUGCGUGAGCCUCGCCGCCCAAACUACAAUCCCCAGCAACCCUAGCGGCAAAGUCGCUAGGGCGGCCAAUGAGGCGGCUUAGGGAAGGGGAAGCGCUCUUCUGAGUGACAGGCAUUCGAGCCAAUUGCCAUUCGGCGGAGUUGGCGAGUCUGAGGCCGCCUGGCUCGCCGUUUAAGAUGUCGGGGUUACUCGGCGCCAGCCUGAAGAUGCUCACCAGGGACUCGUACUGCGACCUCAGCGAAUACGUGGAGCAGUUCUACAAGGGGCGGAAGGAGCUGCAGGCGGAAGAGCUGAAGGGCACCACCACCCUCUACGUGGGCAACCUCUCCUUCUACACCACGGAGGAGCAGAUCCAGGAGCUCUUCUCCAAGUGCGGAGACGUGAAGCGCAUCAUCAUGGGCCUGGACAAGAACAAAAAGACGCCCUGCGGGUUCUGCUUCGUGGAAUACUACACAAAAGCUGAAGCUGAGCACGCCAUGCGCUUCAUCAACGGAACCCGGCUGGAUGACCGUGUUAUCCGGACAGACUGGGAUAUAGGAUUCAGGGAAGGCCGGCAGUAUGGCCGUGGCAAGUCAGGCGGGCAGGUAAGAGACGAGUACCGAAAGGACUACGAUGAAGGAAGAGGCGGCUUUGGCAAGCUUUUCCAGGAAGAGUUGCUGAAACAGUAGAGGGGAAUUUUAAUAAUUUGGAUGGAAGGCAGGGAGGAGAACUAAGCACAGCUCAUAUCUCCUUGGACAGCUGGAUAGAAGGGAGGGAGGAAGGGCUGGCUCUCUCUUUUUUUUUGGCAAGGUGUAGUUUUCCUCACCUGCCACUCUUUUUAUACUUAUCCUGGCCUGACGGGAUAUGGCCCAAGGGGGAAACAAGGGGUGGAAAGAAAUUGGAAGCUCAAAAAGCCAUUUCUUGUUUCUUUCCACUUUUCCUGUAUGCUGUCACAGUGGUUGUAAUGUUCUGAGGUGUAUAAACUGCCCUUAAUGUUUAAGGGGACAAAUAAGACUGGAAUAAAAGUGUAAUUGGUCUGAA